UAAAAAUAAAAAAAGUUUUCAAAUAAAAAUUUCUCUCUGUUAUAUCGUUCUGUUGUCUCUUCUUCUCUUCUUUCUCUCUCUUCUUCUCUGAAACUAAGUUCCAGCUUGGAAGGGUCCACCACUCCACGGUGGAGUUUCUGGAUCUCACCGUCGCUCUUUCAGCUUUCUCCCUUAACUUUGACACAAAGGUUUUGUGGUAGAGAAAGAAAGGGGAUUACGACGUCGGUUUAGGAUGCCGGGACGUCGGUCUAAGUCGGAGAAGAAAGAUGACGACGAGAAGCAGCUCCGGCGAGACCCGUAUGAAGUCCUUGGCGUUAAUCGGAACUCCACCGAUCAGGAAAUUAAAUCCGCUUACCGGAAAAUGGCUCUCAAGUUUCAUCCUGACAAGAAUGCUAAUGAUCCCAAAGCAGCUGAUAUGUUCAAAGAGGCUACCUUUUCUUAUAAUAUCUUAGCGGAUCCUGAUAAACGGCGCCAGUAUGACUCAUCUGGCUUUGAGGCCGUUGAAUCAGAUAACCAGGAGUUAGAGUUGGAUCUUUCAAGUUUGGGUGCUGUCAACACAAUGUUUGCUGCACUUUUUAGCAAACUUGGUGUACCAAUCAAGACAACUGUAUCUGCGACUGUUUUGGAAGAGGCACUCAAUGGGUUAGUUACAAUUCGCCCACUUCCGUUGGGAGAGUUCAUAUCUAGAAGGGUUGAGAAGCAGUGUGCACAUUUUUAUUCAGUUACAAUAACAGAAGAGGAAGCAAGAGCUGGAUUUGUUUGUCGAGUACAAUCAUCAGACAAAAGCAAGUUCAAGUUAUUAUACUUCGACCAGGAAGACAAUGGUGGCUUCAGUCUUGCCCUCCAGGAAGACAGUGCAAAAAAUGGAAAGUUUACUUCUGCUGGAAUGUAUUUUCUUGGCUUCCCUGUUUAUCGGCUAGAUCAAACAAUGAACUCCAUAGCUGCGGCCAAGGAUCCAGAUACUUCAUUUUUCAAAAAGCUUGAUGGGUUCCAGCCCUGUGAAUUAACUGAAUUGAAGGCUGGUACCCAUACAUUUGCGGUUUAUGGUGACAACUUUUUCAAAAGUGCAAACUAUACAAUAGAAGUCCUGUGUGCUGCACCUUUUAAUGAAGAAAAAGAAAAUUUAAGAAAUGUAGAAGCUCAAAUUUUGUCCAAGAGAGCAGAAAUAUCAAAGUUUGAAUCAGAAUAUCGAGAGGUUCUUGCACAAUUCACAGAAAUGACAAGCAGAUAUGCACAUGAAAUGCAAACGAUUGACGAGCUAUUGAAACAAAGAAAUGAGAUACAUGCCUCGUACACAGUUGUUCCUCUAAAACGUAGUAGCAGCAGCAGCAAGGGCAGAAGUAAAACAUCUUCAAAGGAGUCAAAAGAAGAUGGUGAAGUAAGAGAAAAGAGGAGUACAAGAGAACGGCCAAGGAAGAAAAAAUGGUAUAACCUCCACUUAAGAGUUGACAAGAGAAAGGCUUGCUAAGGUGAGAGAAUUGGAGAACUAAGAAAUUCUUAAUUCUUUUGCUGUCACUCAUCAUGUAUUAUUAAGUAACACAUUAUUUUAUAGUAGCUUGUCAACUCUGAAUGCCAUUAUCAAACGCUAUAGUCGGUUGAUCUUUUGAUUAUAUAGCUCUUGUACAAGCUAUAAGAGGAAGGGUUUGGCAAAGCAACAAAACAACUCAAUGUAGUUGGAAGGUUUUAUUUAUGUUUGCCAUUCAAGGAUGACAACAACGCAUACUUCUUAUUGAUUUUGUAUAAUCCCUUUCCCCUCUUUCCUUUUAUUUUGUCUCUUAGUAGCUCUCAUCUUCAGGAUUCGAAUUUGUAAAUUGUUGAUUUAUUGAUGAAGAAUGGUAAAUUCUCUAAGCGGGUUGUAAUUUUAUUUUGAAAUAUUGGCAAAGCGUUGGAAGAUAGAGCCUGGUAAUUUCUUGUUCAAUAUUACCAAAUAAUAAUCUCAAAUGUUGGCUAAAUAUGGGGCCGUUAUUA